CACUCCUCGGAGAAUGACGAAUAAGAUGAGCCCGUCAUCAAUAAAUAGCUUGCUUCCACAGCAUGUCACUGGAAAGAAUGUUGCUGCUAGGACUCCUAAAGUCUCUGACUUUCUAGUCAUCGCCUCCUUGCUAUCCCCUCAGGUUAUCAUCCUGAGACUUUUCAGCUUCGCUCUUCGAGGAUCCAUAUCUGCUAUGGGGCAUGUACUUGCUCUAUCAAAACUUGAACCCCUUUCAGUCAUGACGUCCCUGAGAGAUAAGAUGCACACGGUCUCUCUUGUUGAUAUGAUGGCUUUGGCCAAGAGCGCAUUGCUCAAUCUUGGCUUCUGGGAAUGGCUUCUGAUCACAGCGGUUAUUCUUCUCGCAAUCCCCACCUACAUAUUCAUCUACAACAUCUGGUUCCACCCCUUGGCCGCCUUCCCCGGUCCUCUCAUGUACCGGGCCUUCGACUCGUUCAAGGUCUACCAGCAGCUGACGGGCAACAUCAACCACUGCCUGCACGAAGCGCACGAGAAGUACGGCGACGUCGUACGUAUCGCACCCUGGCAGCUGUCAUACACGACCGCCACGGCCUGGACCGACAUCACGGCCGGACACAAGGGCCAGAUCCCGACGAACCCUGCCUACGGCCAAGCAGAGAAGGAGCUGUUUGGCGCCAGCGGCUUCCUGUGGGUCGGCAACGACGAGCACGCCCGUCAUCGUAGGGUUCUGUCGCCGGCCUUUUCUGACAGGUCGCUCAGGGAACAGGAGCCCGUCGUUGCAAAGUAUCUGGACCUGCUGGUCACCCGGAUGAAGGAGAAGUCGGGGGAUGUGGUUGAUCUCUGGCUGUGGAUGAACUAUACCACCUUUGACAUCAUCGGCGAUUUGACGUUCGGCGAGUCGUUUGACUGUCUGCUGGAAUCGAGACUACACCCCUGGGUUGACUACCUUAUGUCCCGUCUGCACAUGAUGAUGUACGGCCAGAUAAUGAGCACCAUGGGCAACCUCGGCGUGUUUAUCGAGAUGCUGGUCCCACGGCGCAUCAUGGAAGAGGCCAAGAGGCACGUAUCACUAGCCAAGGACAAGGUCAACCGCCGCAUCGCCCGCACCACGGAUCGUCCCGACUUUAUGACGCAGAUCCUGGCCCACACCACCAUCGACACCGAGGCCGCCGGCGAGAGCAAGCACAAGAACCGGCUGUCGCUACCGGAGCUCUUUGCCGACUCUCAGAUCAUGGUGAUAGCCGGGUCCGAGACGUCGGCGGGCCUCAUCACGGCCGCCGCCUACUUCCUGCUGCGCAACCCCAAGGCCAUGGGCCGGCUGGUCCGCGAGGUCAGGGGUGCGUUUGCCGAAGAGUCGGAGAUCUGCAACGCCGUCGUGAGCAAGCUGCCGUACCUCAACGCCGUCAUCACCGAAUCGCUGCGCAUGCGCCCGCCGCUGCCCUCGGGCAUCGACCGCAAGGUAGGCGCAGGCGGCGCCGUCGUCGACGGCAAGUUCCUAGCGCCGGGCACGUCGCUGCAGGUGACGCACUGGGCGGCCUACCACUCGGCACGGAAUUUUGCCGAGCCGUGGUCGUUCCGCCCGGAGCGGUGGUUGUCCAAGCGGGAGGCCCUGGAGGCAUACGAGGACGUUUCCGUGUUUGCAGGCGACAACAAGGCCGUGUUUCAGCCGUUUGGGGUUGGGUCGCGCGGAUGUCUGGGUCGUGGUUUGGCGUACAUGGAGACGCGGUUGACGCUGGCCAGGCUCGUCUGGAACUUUGACAUGGAGCUGAUGCGCGACAGCGAGGAUUGGGCGGACCAGCGGGUGUGGAUGCUGUACGAGAAGAAGCCGCUCAACUUGAGGAUGGUCCCGCGGGGGAUGGCGGUGAGCUAUGAGCUGUCUGCGCAGAUGCGGGAUCGUCUGUGGCACACGGCUGGAGAGUCCAAGGCGGAGGUGAGUGGAUGAGAGGAGGGAUGAGGAUAUCGGGGGAUUUGUCUUUUUGUUUCUGGGAUCUUUUGAAUGUAAUCAUGAGCUUGUAUUGGGGUGUUUCUUUGCUUUAUUCUCGGGCUAAACAUAUUCUGUAAUGGGUGUGUUCUUUGGUUACAGGUGGGUUUCUCGUAUUAGCGAGCUUGGAAAUCACGUCGGCAGUUUGUUAUACUCGGUUGAACGGACUUUGACCCUGAAAAAAAUCGUUUAUACCAUAUAUCAGUUGUGGUUAGUUGGUACACGUUAAGCCAAAUGCCAAACCAUGACAAAACAAAACAUCACACCUCAAUGUUGAAAGGACCAGGGACAAACUCGGUCCAACAAGACUAUACAAAACCCCAGGUGUAGUACAACCAAGGCAUGUUGAACAAUGACAGUAAUCAAUCAUCCGCAAACGCAAAGAGGACCUGUACGGAUGAAGUUCGUACACUUGACACCUCACUGUGGCUUCUGAGCCCACGAAACGAAACCCCCAAAACAGUGAGACAGUCUUGUGACCGUAUACUUGUGAUACGGCCUUGGAUCUUGGUUUUCCUCUUGUCCGGACAGCCGUCGAAUGUCUCUGAUCAAAUCACCUAGGAAAUCAAAGCGACGCAUACAGCCCAAUCAGACCCGCGGCGGCCAACAUGGCAGUGCGGCCGAGAUUCAGUACACCCCAGUGGUCGACAAGGAACUUGUCACUCUCGCGCACCUCGGCCGACUCCAACGUCUCGUCCGUGAUGGACAUGGACUUGGUCAGCUCCGCGCGGCGACGCAGCUUGUUGUUGGUCCUCGACAUGACCAAAAUCGUGUACGGGACGAUGCCCACCGAGAGGGCGGCGGCGAGGGCGUACAUCUUGGCGGUCCGCUCGCCAAAGACGCGCGAGUAGGCCAGGUACGAGAAGCCCAGGGCCGAGAGCACGUCAGCGGCGGGCAGGAUGGCGCGGCCCGACACGAACAUCCUAUCCCAUUGCUGGAGCAUCAGUGGGCCCGGGGAUUCAAGAAGGCGGGGCACCGCAAAGAUGGAAAGGCCAAGCUUGGCGCCGCUGGAUGCCGCUAUGGUGAAGAGCGACACGGCCUGCACGGCCUUGAUGGUUGAAGGUGAAGGUGAGGAAGACAUGGUGAUUGAUGGCGUUUGCGAUAGUGAUCAAAAGUCACGAGUGAAUGCGGAACAAAGCAGACAAAGAAAUAGCCAGGCGACCUGUCGCUCGAGUCACGAAGCAAUAUAGUGGGCAAUGUGUUGUGGGCCAAGUUUGAUUGGAAGGAUCAAUAAACGCGUGGUCAAUCUGUCGAUAAUUGAGGUACCUCAGGUGCUGUGCUGUACUGAACCGAUUUGGUGGAAUAUAGCCUGCGUUAAUUUCCGUCGGCCAGCAGUUACAAUAAAGCUUUUGUGAUGUCUUACAUUCAAGGGAGGUAUUUUAAGUUCAGCAUUUGCUAAACUGAAAUGAAUGUACUAGCUCUUAGGUACCGUAGUCAUCAAUAAUUGAACUAAAGUGCUUCAAAUCUCGAACCCGAUGCUUCCG